CAUCAUUACUCAAAUCUCUAUGUCUCUCUCCCCCCUACCGAUUAAUAGCCCUUUAAAAUUAACAAAAAGAAAACCUAAUAUUUCCCUCAUUCAACCAAUCCUCCUCUUCUAAUGGAUCUUCGUCAGGAAACUCAACCCCAAAAGCUACCCCAUUUUUUCAUUCUACCCGUUCCCACUAAAAAAGACGUGGCCUAUGCACUCAUUCUCUUCAUCUCUCUUAUCAUAUCCUCCAUUGUUUUCUGCAACCUCCUAACCCCUUUCUACCCUCAUCUUCUUCUUCCUUUUAGCUUCUCCAAAAACCUACCCGACACCCAACUUCCAGGAUCCACAAACACCUGCGAUUAUUCGUUUGGGAAAUGGGUUUGGGAUGAAACUUACCCUAACCAAAAGUACAACGAAGAUUGUCCUUUUCUUGAUCCGGGAUUCCGGUGCCAUCGCAAUGGCCGCCGGGAUGUUGGGUAUGUCAAUUGGCGAUGGCAACCGCAUGGGUGCGAUCUACCCAGAUUUGAUGCGAGAGAUUUUCUUGAAAGAAGCAGAAAUGGACGGAUAGUCUUCGCCGGAGACUCCAUCGGAAGAAACCAAUGGGAGUCUCUACUAUGCAUGCUUUCUCAUGGAGUCUCAAACCUUUCCACAAUAUACGAAGAGCAUGGAAACCCCAUAACCAAACACAAAGGCUUCCUUUCAAUCAGAUUUCAUGACUACAAUUUAACCAUCGAGUAUUACCGAGUCCCUUUCCUGGUAGUCAUCGAUGACCCACCGGAAAAUUCGUCGGAAGAAAUCCUGCGAGCCAUUAGGGUUGAUAAGCUCCACCGGUUCUCUUCAAAAUGGGCCGGAGCAGAUAUUCUUGUCACUACUAGAAAACUGGUGCAAUAG